UUUUGCUUAGUAGCCUUUGGCGGUAUUUUGAAAUUUAAUUUUGUUUGGAAAUUACCUCUACCGCGUUCGUUAAGGUUUAACUCAAAGGUUUCCGUACGAAAUGGAUUUUACUAGAGAAAUCGUAGAUGACGCCGUCGAAUCGCCUCUUAUCGCCGUGUCAGAAGGAAGUGUCCACGAUUCAGGUAGGUUUUUCGGUUAUUUUGUAUGGUAAAUUUGUUUGUUUUUUCGUUGACCGUUUUUUAUGUAAAAUGAAUGCAUGCAGUGAAUGAAACAUGUUUCAUUAUUUUCAGCAUCCGGAGAGGAAAUUGCAGCAUCAGCAGGACCGUCCCGAAAGCGCGAAAUGAAAAAGCAAACCGAAUUUGAUCAGCGUUUUGUCGAUCUUUUAAAAGAGUUGGCACCUUCAUUGCUGGAAAAAUCCCAAUCACCUGCUAUGAAGGCGAGGAAGAUCCGUGACAUGGAACGGUUCAGACUGGAGUUGCUUGUCCGCUAUGGUCAAGAGAUGACUGAUAAACAGGUUUCCAAAAAAAUAGCAAACAUGAAAGGCAAAGUUAAACAAAAAACAGAUUUGAAACAAACUGGAAACCUGCCAAUUGUGCUAACCGGAGCCGAAAAAACGAUGUUUGAGCUUAUGGGAGGAGAGGAGAACCCGUCAAUAGCUGAAAGAUCAUUUGGUCUUGCAGUUGGAGCCACCACACACUUGGACAUCGAAGAAGAUGAAUUCCACGAAAAUUUGGGUGCAGGACCAAGCAUUAGUCCGCCUCCAAAAAGACCAAAGAGAACAACACAAAAAUCUGAAAUAGCGGAGCUGCAACAGAUUGUGCUUCAAGAGCAGCUUAAUCUAAUAGGAACCCAAGACCUACUUAUCAGGCAGUCCCACGAAUUGGCUAUAGCACAGCAAACGGAGAAGCAUCAAAAGGAGAUGGAGUUGCUCAAAACAAAGCAAGAAAUUAAAGAUUUAAAACUUUUGUUAUUGAAAAAAAAAACGAUUUAUAAAAUAGAUAAAUUUUUCUUUCCGAAAUAAAUUCAUACAA